AUGCGUGAAAUUACAGAACUCGUCCCCUCAAAACGACGCCGUUUCCCACAAGCUAUAAAUAGCCCAAAUAUCUCCUUGAACCGGCCAUCUGCUUCAUUUUCCCUUCAACAUGAGAAAGGGAAAGAGAGAGAAGAGGAGAGAAAGGAUUUUUUUGACCAAAGCCUUGAUGAAAUUAAGCUUCUCAAGUAUGUUAACAAACAUGAUCCAGCUGACAAGCAUCACAUUCUCCGAUUGUAUGAUUACUUCUACUACAGAGAGCAUUUGCUAAUAGUCUGUGAACUUCUCAAGGCAAAUUUAUAUGAAUUUCAUAAAUUUAAUAGGGAAUCGGGUGGAGAAGUUUACUUCACAAUGCCAAGAUUGCAGUCUAUUUCCAUUCAGUGUUUGGAGGCUCUCCAGUUUUUGCACGGCCUUGGUCUAAUACAUUGUGACCUGAAGCCUGAAAAUAUAUUAAUAAAAAGCUAUAGUAGAUGUGAGGUGAAGGUCAUUGAUCUUGGGAGCAGUUGUUUCGAGACAGAUCAUUUAUGCUCCUAUGUUCAAUCCAGGUCCUAUCGUGCUCCUGAGGUUAUCCUAGGACUUCCAUAUGAUAAGAAGAUAGAUAUUUGGUCACUUGGAUGCAUCUUGGCAGAACUCUGUACUGGCAAUGUCCUGUUCCAAAAUGAUUCACCUGCGACAUUACUAGCAAGAGUAAUUGGAAUCAUAGGUCCCAUUGAGCAAGGCAUGCUUGCAAAAGGACGGGAUACGUACAAAUACUUUUCCAAGAACCACAUGCUUUAUGAACGUAAUCAGGAGACGAACAGACUAGAAUAUCUGAUACCCAAGAAGACAUCGUUGAGGCAUCGAUUGCCAAUGGGGGACCAGGGUUUCAUUGAUUUCGUCACUCAUUUGCUUGAAGUAAACCCAAAGAAGCGGCCUUUGGCAUCAGAGGCUGUGAAGCACCAGUGGCUAUCAUACCCGUACGAUCCCAUAUCAGCUUGAAUUGCAUCCACAUUU